CUUUCAUGUCAGCCAUGUUGUUCAACUCUCCACUUCCGUUCCGUUCUUUUUCGUGUACAUUAAAAAUCUGACAAGAUGGGUCGUAUGCACGCUCCUGGCAAGGGUAUUUCCCAAUCCGCUCUUCCCUACCGAAGGACAGUUCCUUCAUGGCUUAAACUUAACGCCGAAGAUGUCAGGGAACAAAUCAAGAAAUUAGGCAAGAAGGGCAUGACCCCCUCCAAAAUCGGUAUCAUCCUUCGUGAUUCAUAUGGAGUUGCUCAAGUCCGUUUUGUCAAUGGAAACAAGAUUCUCCGUAUUAUGAAGUCGGUUGGUCUCAAACCCGACAUCCCAGAGGAUUUGUACCAUUUAAUCAAGAGGGCAGUUGCUAUGCGCAAGCAUUUGGAACGCAACCGUAAGGACAAGGACGGUAAAUUCCGUUUGAUUCUUGUAGAAUCGAGAAUCCACAGACUCGCCAGGUACUACAAGACCAAGAGUGUACUCCCACCAAACUGGAAAUACGAAUCAAAGACCGCCUCUGCUUUGGUUGCUUAAGUAGUUCAGUGAUAGAUAAGUGGUAGUAGUGGAGUCCUUUCGUUUUUUUAUUUUUUAACACAAAAACAUGGAAUAAAAUAAGAUCCCCUAAAGGAGAA